AUGAAGAGAGAAAAAGAAAUUAUUUCAUUAUUGUUGUUAUUUCUUAUAAAUCUUGUACAUAGUGAUACGAUUUAUAGUUUUAUAAAUGGAGAGGAUCCUUGCAUUAAUUUGUGCGAAAAAACACUCUUGUCUUUUACAAAUAGUAAAUAUGUUAAAUCAUGCUGUCAACGAGGAUGUAGAUUCUUCAAUUUAGUGGAUUUACAUUAUGGAUUAGAACCAAAUAGCUUAAAUGGUACUAGGAAUGCUUGUGAAGCUUCCUGUACAGAAGCAUAUAUAGUACCACAAGAUUGUUAUGCAUGUAGCAUUGGUUGCAAUAUUAUGGCCAAUCAACGUGUUUCAUAUUUAAUGUCAUUUUUCUCUGUUGCUGACUAUGUAGAGGAAGGUGUAGAUUCUAAUUUACUUGUAAUAUCGCCUGAUAUACCUGAAAAUGAUAUUUUGAGUGAUCCAGGUUUGCGAAAAGAACUCCUUCCAGGAUGGUGGGAUUUUAAUGGAUUUAAAUUGCCGCAAACAUAUAUCAAGACUGUUCCAUUAGAUGCUGGGACAGUGGAUUAUGGUGCACCAUCAGACUACUCUGGAGAAAGUGACCAAUCAGCUUCAGUACCUGGAUCUGAUUGGCUUCAAUGUGCCUCAAAACAUAUUGGAUUACCACAUUGGCUUCUAGCCUCUGGUAUUGCAGCAGCAGCAUUGUCUGCAGUUUGGUUAUGUUUGUAUCCAGAAAAGCUUACUGACCCUUACAAAGAAAUCCUCAUUGAAAAAUCUGAUAUUUCUCCAACAAUUGCAUUAUAUGGACCUGAAGCACCAUUACAUAAACAGCCACCUCCUAAAUAUUUUGAUAGUGUCAAUCCAGCAGAAUUGAAUAUGAAAGUUUAGCUAGGUGCUUUAAUUUUAUAAUUUUCUUAAUAACUUCGAGAAAUAUUUAAAUUUUAGUAUGCUAAAGCAGUUUCAAAUAAAUUGUUUAUGUUAUG